UAACAAGUUUAACACAAACACUGUAUCAUGUUCUUUAUUUCAAAUAAAUCUAUAAAUAUUUAGUCUGAUCUCCAUUUUUCAGAAAAUGUAGCUGUCUUAAGUGCCUAUUCCAUCAAUGAGUAUCACUGUCUUUAAAUUGCUGUUGCAGUACAGUUUAAAUAGCAAAAGUUUUAUGGCCCUGCUUGUUUGCAACUCCUCAAUUCAUUUUUGUACAGCGAGAAAAGUAAGGGAAUUCUAGAGGUUUACUAGAAUUAUGGAUUGUUUUUCUUGAGUUACACAGUACAUAAGGAGGAAUUAGUGUGUACACAACUCCUCAUUUUAUUCCUGUUUAUGAUUUAUAUAUGUAACAUAGAUGUGUACAAGACUUUCGGUACUUUAGAAACAUGACAUAAAAGAGCUCACUUUGAUAAAUUUUCUCAAAAAAGAUAUCUUUACUGUUAAAGUAAGAACUUUUGCUGCAUAGUAAGUAAUGUCUUCUGCUCAUCUUUAUGACAUCAUGGAAUGAUGUCAACUUCCCAAGACACAUUUCCACAUGGCGCAGCUCAUUUAUAUAUAUUGCUGAUGGAUUGUUUAGAAUGGGACAGUUUUAAUUGGACAAAAUGUUUUAAUCGCCAUUUUACAGAGUGCCAGCCAGUCAUUGCUGUUCUUUGCAUUGCUGAGGAGGACAGUCCUGCCAACAUAACAGUUUGUUCAAUAACAGGAGACAAACAGAAACACAGAGGUGCUAUACAUUCCGAUGGAAAAGACAACAAAAGCAUCUUCCAUCAUUUUGGCGUGGCUCAGAUCAAGAGGAGAAUUUUAAGAAAGGUGAUAGUUGGGCACACACAAGAAGACAUAGAUCACAGGUGUCCAGGCAUAUGAGUAGACAGGAGUUUCACACUCUGCUAAACUUACUUCAUCAGAGGAGCAGAAAGCUUCUCAAGAUCCCGCACUGCACACUAAGAAAUAGUCUUUGACUACAACAAAGGGAUGAAAGUACAGAGAGGUCCAAUUGAAAUCAAUUCUGUGCUGCGUCAUUUCUUCAUUCUGGAAGUUGAUGGACAUGAUUUAUCAUGGCAUCAAGUGUGCAGUUUGUCGACUAUCAGCAGUCUUGUUCACCAGCUGUGCAACUUGAGCUGGUAGCUUUAUUGCUUGAAGCCACUGCAUAAGAGGGGGAAGGUGCAGGCUCAUCAAAAAGUCUCAAAAGUUGAAACUAGGAAAAGAAAUUUGUCAAGAGUGUGAAUCUAUUUGCUUUGAAAACAAUCGUUACAAUGAUUUGGUUUCCUUUGAAACUUGAUACAUACUAUGUGUACGUUGAAUGAAUUGAGAUGCUGAAAUAAAGAACCACUAUUCAAAUAUCAGGAAACUGCAUUUUUCAUACUAAAGGGUAAAUGAUGUUGCCAUUUCCUGUAGGUAUUUAAAUAAGAUAUGUUUCCACAAUUAAUAUUUUUAGGGAAUUUUUCUCAACCUAAUGAAUGAGAUUAAAUUGUUCAACGUUAUAUGAGCUUAAUAUGUGUUUUCUGUUUCUUUAAAAUUUGUGAAAAAUUGUCAGAAGAUAAUUAGACCAGUAUCCAUUACUGCAAUUUUACAAUCAAAUAUACAGGGACAAGCCCACUGGGAAUAUAAUAUAAUUAAAUCCUGUUUAGGGGCAUGAGGCAAACAGAGUUACUUUCAAACGUUAAAGCUGCACUCUCACAUUUUGGACAUUUUGACAACUUCUCUCAUUUUAUGUCUUGGAUUGGAACCAUCCAAUUUUUGCGAAAAAUUAAAUUGCAGAUUUUUCUAUUUAAUAUACGGGUAUAUGCAAAAAGCUACAGAAACAUGCUCAGUCGCAAAAAGUUUAAACAUAAACCCAGUUUAGUGGCAAUGGGCAACGCCAAAGACAUAGAACACAAAUUCACAGACAAGAAACAUGGAACAGCACACAACUCUACAAACAGCA